GUCGCGGCCCGGACGCUGGGAGGAGCGGGACGGGGCCGCGCCUCGGCUCGAACUUCUGACCCUGCUGCCCCUAGCGAGUGCAGCCUUGAACAUGAGCUCGGUGGCCGACCUGCGGCUGCGGAUGCUGCAGCGACACCUGGGUUUGCAGGCGGGCAGAGACAUGGAGGCAGUCAGCAGCCCGCUGACGACACACGUGCUGGACACCGCCUCAGGGCUCCCGGCCCAGGGCCUCUGCCUCCAGCUGUCCAGGCUUGAGGACCAUGGCCAGCAGUGGACUGAGCUGAAGAAAAGCUACACCAACUCUGACGGUCGCUGCCCUGGACUCCUGCCACCAGGCCAGAUGAAGGCAGGCACCUACAAGCUAUUCUUUGACACUGAGGGCUACUGGGGGAAGAGAGGGCAGGAGAGCUUCUACCCAUAUGUGGAGGUCGUUUUCACCAUCACCAAUGAGACCCACAAGUUCCAUGUACCUCUGCUGCUGAGUCCAUGGUCUUACACCACGUACCGAGGGAGCUAGUGGCAGGGCCACUUUCAGUCUGGAUGAUCGUCAGCUGACCUGUGAGCACCAACCCAUCCGUCACCAAGGGGAGCCGAGCCACCCUGGCCCUCAACUGAGUGGGCUCGUGUUCCUCAAAGAUGUCAGGUCACACAUCCAGUGAAAGGUUCUGUGACUUAUGUCAAUAAAGGCAGUGCUGGCAUCUGCAA